UAAUACAUAAAAUUUAUAUUUUAAUGACCAAAAAUAGUAACUCAUCUUUAAAAGGUUAAAGGUCUUAAGUGUUUUAUUACCUUCAUAGGAAAAAGCAACUUUUGACUAGUUGUUCACUGUAGUGAUCACUGUCCCCUUAAAGGGUUAAGUGAAAAUAUUCAUAUUACAUUGGAAUAAUACAUGGUUAGCUACGAGGAAGAUAAUCAUGGGUAGGUAAUCAUUCAAUACCGUGCCCCGUCCCUCCCAUUUAUAUUCCUCAGCUCAUGAACCCCCUUUAACUUUCCCAGCUUCCAAAUGACAAGUGCACUCCAUAACUUAAUAUUAUAAUUCCUCCAUUGUUGCUGCUUCCCACAUUUUUUUUCUCCCGUCAGAAAGGCUCCAUCCUCCAUGGAAAGUUGCCGCGGAGGAGCGCGCAUCAUUGCAAGCACCGGCUGCUGUUGAGGAAGCCUUUCCUCACCCAACGGGCAAGCAACAGCAGCGACAUUGCCGACAUGACUUCCAAAGCGCUGGACGGCGGCUGGGGAUGGGCCAUCGUGGUGGCCUCCUUUCUGGCCCAGCUGCUAGCAUAUGGUUCCCCGCAGUCGGUGGGCGUUCUCUACCCUGAGUGGCUGCACACCUUCCAGGAGGGCAAGGGCAUGACGGCCUGGGUGGGCUCCUUGGUGGCUGGAGUGGGCCUCAUUGCUAGUCCUGUUUGUAGCGCCUGCGUGGAUAAUUUUGGCGCUCGCCCUGUCACCAUCUUCAGCGGUGUCAUGGUGGCCGGCGGCCUGAUGCUAAGUGCCUUCGCUCCUAAUGUCCAGUUCCUCAUCUUCUCCUACGGCAUUGUCGUCGGUCUCGGUUGCGGUCUGGUCUACGCAGCCACCUUGACAAUCACUUGUCAGUAUUUUGACAAGAGACGUGGCCUUGCCCUCGGCAUCGUCACAACAGGCACCAGCGUUGGAACCUUCAUCUUCGCCACGGCUCAGAAUGAGCUCAUCAUGCUAUAUGGCCUGGACGGCUGCCUUUUGAUCAUCGGCGCGUUGGCACUAAACCUCAUGGCCUGUGCUGGCUUCAUGAGGCCCCUCUACAUGCCGGGGUACUACCUCAAACAGAAGGCGGCCCUGGAACGCAACACUGACCAGCAGCUCUUCGAAAAACCUCAGCUGGACAACCUGAAGAUGGCGUCGGGUUCCGCGGCGUCUGCUCAAGAAAAGACACUCAUGGUGAAGGAGCUCCUCAUCACUAUCGACGGCAUGGACGCCAGCAUUCAGGUGGAGAAGAAGAGAAGGAGCUUCCUGGCACGUCUGGGCAUCAUGAAAGUCAUCAAAAAAAAGAAGCAGGCCUAUUCCAAGUACAUGACCUCCAUACAUGAAAUACUGCAGGACCAAGCCAUGGUGGCCUUCUGCAUCGGUGUCUUUCUUUUUAGCCUCGGAGCCUUCCCUCCUGUGCUCUUAAUCGAGGACGUUGCACAGAGCCAAGGACUCAUUGAAGAAGUCAGUGUCAUUCCUUUGGUCUCCAUCGGAGCUAUUGCAGCUUGCGUUGGCAAAUUGGUCCUCGGUAUACUGGUGGACAUCAGGUGGAUCAAAAGCAUCUACCUAUACGCCUUCACCAUGUUUGCAGGUGGUGUUGUGCUGUUGCUCAUCCCUGUCACUAAAAGCUAUGUAGGACUGCAGAUCCUCUCCGCCAUUCUGGGUUUCUUCUCAGGAAACUGGUCCAUCACCUCGUACAUUACCACCAAGAUUGUCGGUUUGGACAGACUGACACAGGCACAUGGAAUUGUCAUGUUCUUUGGUGGAUUUGGGAUCAUGCUCGGACCACCUGUUGUUGGGUGGUUCUUUGACUGGACGCAGUCUUACGACCUGGCAUUCUACUUCAGUGGAAGCUGCGUGUUGUUGGGAGCGCUGGUUCUUUCCCUGCUCACACUGCCCUGCUGCAACAGAAAACCUGCAUCUGAGAAUGACAAACAGUACACCAGCAACUGUGACAAAGUUGCCUCUGUAGCAUGAAUGUGAGCACAAAUUGGGUAAAUACACCAACACUCCUGCAGCCCCUUCAGCAAUUGGUAAAGUUUUUUUCCUGAAGCAACUGUGACGAAGAGCACCGGUUUGCCCUAAUAACUGCUGCCAGGUUUCCAUGCACCAAAACACUUGCCAGAGGAAAUACAGACCUUUCCUCCAACAAACCAUGUCUGCAUUUCUCAGGUCCAUGCCAAACACAAUGCACAUCAGUUGAAGGUAUAGUAGGUGUUGGUCCUAUUUUAUAGCCUCAUUUUACGAGGCAAUCCAAACAAUAAUCUAGUCAAAUGGCAAUGUGCUGACACUUGAAACCACUGAAAAUGCACAAAAAACUCUAAGGAAGGAGCUUCUUCAAAUAAUAGUAAGCAGCACAUUAUGUUUUUGUAUGCGCGUCCAAAUUACACCUUAUACAUUACAAAACAUCAAUGAUAAUUAAUGCCUGUCAACACGUAAUGCCUGUUUGAACAAUACACAAGCCUUGUUUUUUUGUUUGUUUUAAAAAAAAAAAAAAAAAAAAAAAACGUUUUACUUUUCAUAUGUUGUUUAACUGAUUCCAGGAUCGAAAGGUACACCUGCAUAAUCCAAUAAAGUUCAGCACGUGAGUUACAUCAAAAAGAUGCUCAAUUUUACAUUCAGUGAUUUUCCUACCCUCGAGUACGUGGGUGUACCUAAAGUACUGUACAAUUCUCAUUGUUAGUAUUAUUUUUUUACUAUCAGCACUGAGAAAAGUUGAUGGUUUUCAGUUUUUAUCUCUGUGUGGCAUAUUUUUUUUGACCAGGCUGGUCCUUUAUCAUGCAGUCUUUGUAUGUUAUUUGUGUUCAUAUCUGCACAUGUAUGCAGAUUUGUGCACUGUUUGAUAUACUUUUGUAUUAGCAUUAGUUUGUAAAGUUCUAUGUACUAGUCUUUUUAUAUGCACCUUGAUGUAGCUGUGAAGUCAUAGAUUUAAUUAGAAAUGUGUACAUGCGAUCAAGUAGGCAUGAGAGUCACAUUAAUAUUGUUCACGAGAUCACUGAAAAUUGUUCCAGUAGCAGGCAAAGAUUUUUAUUGUCGUUGGCGGACAUUUUUUUGGGCUGUGAUCACUGUUCAGGGCAGACUGUCUGUCUUCUUAGACCUAUUAUAUCAAGGUCGUUUAUUUCUAUUCUGUUUUUUUGUAUGCAUUGUGCCAAUAAAAGAUG